AUGCCCCCACGACUCCUAGGUUUUUUGCCGGAGGAUAGCUCCCUGGAGUUCCACGAUUUGAAGAAAGCCCGUGGCCCCAGAAAAACAACAACCGCAAAAUGGCAAACCCCUAAACAGCAAACAAAACCCCCUUUGGUCCCCCUAAUUCCCAGCAAGGAAAGGGUUGGGCCCCUGAUUGAAAAACCCCGGUCCAGGUCCAAUCAACUGGGUCCUCCCCCUCCGGGAAAGGGCCCUAGGGUCCAAGCAGUCCAGUGGCCCCCGCCAAAGGCAAAUCAGGGAGCCCCCCUGAGUAGACCUCCCAGUGCCCAAUCCUCCCCCCCGACUAAGUGGGAGUACAACCCUGAAAACCCAGCCCCAAAACCCGCUGUUUUGCCCCUUCCCCACAAAAACCGCAAACCCCCAGAAAUUUCAGCCGAAAAGGGCGGUUACCCCGAAAACGAACCCUGGGCUUGUAGACCCAAAACACCCCCCUCCCUGAGGAGGUUCCUGGACCCCCUAGGCCAAGCUACCCCCCUAAAAAUUUCCUGCAAAGAAAAACCAAGGUUAAUUUUAUGGGAAGGGAAAAGGGUUUGGUGGUUGGCCCCCUUUGCCACUGAAUCCCGACGAAAUUUGGAGAGUUCCCAAGGUGGUUUUUACUUGGGCUUUCCUCCCACUUUUGUAUUGAUGGGGCCCAAAGAAUAUGGGUCCCCCCACCACCCCGCCUACUGGGGUUUUAAGACCAUGCCCCCCAAAAUGGUUGUGGUGGUCCCCCCCCCUGAAAAGCAAGGCACCAUAACACAAAAGGGGGGUGCCUUAAGGCACACAAGGAAGGUCCCAAAGGACCCAAAAAGCCAAAUGUCCCCCAACUUGUGUGCCCAAGGGGCAUCAAAGCCCUGGCUUUUUACUCCUGGCCAGUAA